ACUUCCCCAAGAAACCAACAAUGCUCCUCCGUUCCCGCACCCAUCUCUUCCUACGCCGUUCCCAAACCCUCAUAAACCCUACCCUCCCACGCUGCCUUUUCUCCUCCGGCGACCGCUCCGCCCCUUGGACCGACGAAAUCCUCUACCUCGACGAAUCCGGUUCCGUUCUCGACUCCGCCCUCGGCGUCCGCCCCGUCGACCCCUCCCUCGACUCCCACCUUCUCGUUGGCCAUCUCCGUCAACCACUCUCCUCCUCCGCCGCCGUCUCCAAGCUCGUCGAGCUCUCCCUCCGAUGGCGUUGGGGCCCCGACCUCGACUCCCACCUCGAUCUCCUCCCUUUCUCUCCCUCCUCAUCCCUUCUCGCCCGCGCCCUCCCUCUUAUCCCCAACUCUGACUCCUCCUUCGCUCUCUUCCGCUGGGCUCGCCGCAACCCUUCCUUCCGCCUCUCCGACGAGCUCCUCUCCCUCCUCCUCGAUCGCUUCAUUUCCAUCUCCGACUUUCCCUCCAUCCAAUCCCUCUUUGACGAUGCUCUCAAAACCCUAGAUUCCAAUCCCCAUCCCUUCUCCUCCUCCCUCAACCGCGCCAUCCAACACCUGGCCAUGGCCUCCAACCUCGAGAUCGCCUACUGCUGCUUCAAAAAGCUCAAAGACGACCCCAACUACGCCGAUCAAAUCACCACCAAAACCUACAACUCUCUCAUCACCCUCUUCCUCUCCAAAGCCCUGCCUUACAAGGCCUUCGAGAUCUAUGAAUCAAUGGAAGCCUCUGGUUGUUCUCUGGAUUCCUCCACUUACGACCUCAUGAUCCCCAGCCUCGCCAAAUCCGGCCGUCUCGAUGCCGCUCUCCGCCUCUUCAACGACCUCAAAUCCCGCUGUUCCGCCGGACCUCGCCCGGGCUUCCCAAUCUAUGCCGCACUCAUCGACUCCAUGGGCAAAGCAGGGAGGCUUGAUGCCGCCGUGAAGCUCUAUCAAGAGAUGAAGCUGGCCGGGUUCAAGCCCUCUGUCACAAUGUAUGUCUCUAUGAUUGAAUCCAUGGUGAAAGCCGGCAAGCUCGAUGCUGGAAUGUCUCUGUGGGAUGAAAUGAAGAUUGCCCGAUUCCGGCCAAACUUUGGGCUUUACACUCUAAUGGUAGAGACUCAGGCAAAGUCCGGGCGGCUCGAGGCUGCCUGUUCGAUCUUCUCCGAUAUGGAGAAAGCCGGGUACCUCCCAACACCAUCUACCUAUGCUUGCCUCAUUGAACUGCACUCCUCUGCCGGGAAUGUCGACAAUGCCAUGAAGCUCUACAAUUCUAUGACCAAUGCAGGGUUGAAGCCAGGAUUGACUACUUACACUUGCUUGCUGAGUGUUUUAGCUAACAAGAAGCUGAUUGAUUUGGCUGCCAAGGUUUUGCUUGAGAUGAAGUCUUUGGGGUUCAGUGUUGAUGUGAAUGCAAGUGAUGUGUUGAUGAUUUAUAUCAAGGAUGGAUCAACGGAAUUGGCGUUGAAAUGGCUUAGGUUCAUGGGAUCAGCAGGUAUUAGGACGAAUAACUUCAUUGUAAGGCAAUUGUUUGAGUCUUGUAUGAAGACGGGGCUGUAUGACUCCGCUCGGCCAUUGCUCGAGAUGUAUGUCAAUUCAGCUGCAAAGGUUGAUUUAAUACUCUACACUUCGAUACUCGCACAUUCAGUGAGGUGCCAGAAUGAGAAGAAUGAGAAGGCUAUAAUGGAUAUAAUGAGCGUGACGAGGCACAAAGCGCAUGAGUUCAUGUGCGGGCUGUUCACCGGGCCGGAGCAGAGGAAGAAGCCAGUGCUCUCGUUCGUCAGGGAGUUCUUCCAAGGUAUUGAUUACGAGACAGAGGAGAGCGCGGCAAGGUAUUUUGUCAAUGUGCUUCUGAAUUACUUGGUUUUGAUGGGGCAGAUGAAUCGUGCUCGAUGUGUUUGGAAAGUGGCAUAUGAGCACAAGUUGUUCCCUAAAGCCAUUGUGUUUGAUCAGCAUAUUGCUUGGUCACUUGAUGUGCGAAAUUUAUCAGUAGGGGCAGCUCUGGUGGCCGUAGUCCACACAUUGCACAGGUUCAGGAAGAGGAUGCUGUACUAUGGUGUCGUGCCACGGCGGAUCAAAUUGGUGACAGGAUCAACUCUGAAGAUGGUUGUCGCACAGGUUCUUGCGUCGGUGGAGUCACCAUUUGAGGUGAGCAAAGUUGUGUUGAGAGCCCCCGGGGAUUCGGUGCUUGACUGGUUUAAGAAGCCAAUUGUGCAGCAGUUCUUGUUGAAUGAUAUACCAUCAAGGGCCGAUGUUCUAAUGCAUAAACUCAAUGUAUUGUUUCCAAGUUCUGCGCCGGAUGUUCGAUCGCUUUCUCCAGUGAAGCCACUGGUUAUGUCCAGGAUGAUGUGAUGAAGCAAUGAGUAUGGUGAUGUUUGUCUGCAGAUUUAUAAGUAGUGCUGAUGCAGAUUUUGGUAACUAAAUUAUAUAUAUAUAUAUAUAUACACUUGAGAGGUCUCUGAGUAUGAUGAACAAAGUUUUGAGAGAAUGGCAUUGAUGCUAAUUGUUGACUAUGUAUAAUCCCCGCUGGGAUGCGUGUAAGGGACAAGUAUUUCACAUAAAAAUGACAAACCCUGACAUAUCAAAUUUGUCAACGACAACAAACAAUAGCCUCUACUACAGUCAGAAACCUAUAAUUCCUUUAUACUAUGAAAUUAAAUAUUCGCACAU